AAAAGAACUAAAAUAUGUAUAGAAAUACGACUCAGAUUAACUACUUUGGUAAUGAAUUAACUACUAAAGCUUGGUGGAUGUUUCUAUGAUGGCAAGAGUUCUAGGGCUUUCACUCUCGAGUCUCGACAUUCGAAUACCGCUUUGUUCAUAAAAGUUGCAUUUCCCGCCAAUCCGGGUGAAAGCAAAUAUCGCAGGAGUGGAGGAAGAAGACUGUUUCCGUCGUUUUCAGGAGCACUAUGCCAACCGGUUCCCUUUCUCGUGUGGACUCGCCGUGAUUUUAUACAAUAGUCUUCUUGACGGAAGAAGACUGUUUCCGUCGUUCAAUUCCUGUUCGUGAACAGGAAUCAGUGGUCGUAUCACUCCCAAGUCCCAAUUUCCAUCAUAUUACGGAAUUUGAACCCUGAAGCAAACGAUUUGGUUUUUAUUAAAAGGAAGAAUUUGCUGAAUAUUGAGCUCUAUAACAAUAGUGAAGCUGAGGAGAUGUUGGUACUCCUACAGUGAGAACGUUUUUCGUCUAAUCAUCAUUUCAUGGUUUUGUCUCUCGUUUCCCGACAAUGGAAGAGCAUUCCUGCAGCUCUAUUUUUUGGAACUCGACCUUUUCGUUCACAGGCGGCACUGGAUGCUCUGUCAAGAGCUUCUGAAGAGAAGAUCCCCAAUCUCGUUCUAUACAACUACCCCUCCUUCUCUGGUGCUUUCUCGGCUCUCUUCGCCCAUCUCUAUCAUUCUCGUCUCAACCUCCCUUGCCUCAUCUUGCCUUUCUCAUCCGUCGAGCCUCUCAGGGUUGAUGAUUUCCUUGUCGAGGGUCUUGAGAUUUGUUAUCUCCUCGAUUUUGUUGGACCCAAAGGAUUUGCUCUCAAGCUUUCUCAAUUUAUGAACCGGGUGAUAGUGUUUGAUCACCGUAAAUCUUCACUUCCCAAGAUUCCUCCAGCUGAAGAUUCUCCAGAGAACCUGACGUUUAAUAUUGAUGUUGAGAAGAGUAGCUCUACUAGUGUGUAUAAUUACUUCUCUACUAAACUCGCAGAGAAGAAACUUCCAUGUGGAGAGGUCAAGAACCUAGUGAACCAUGAAAUUAGAGAUCGUUUGGAGAUGGUCCUGAAGUAUAUGGAGGAUGGAGAUCUUCGCAGUUGGAGCCUACUGGACAUUAAAGCGUUUAACAUAGGACUUGAUGAAUGGCGGUCAAAAUUGAAUUGCAUCACCAAUCCUUAUCUGUUUGAUCAGUUGCUAGAGAUCGAUUCGAUGUCUCUAAUUGCAAAGGGAAAGUCUUAUAUUUCCUCCCGACAGGAUGCAGCAAAUAAGUUGUUAGAUAAAACUUUCAAAGUUCGUCUUGGUAAAGGUUUCUAUGGAGAAUGUCUGGGGGUUAGUGCUGAUGGAAAUGCUGACUUAAGUGAUGAAAUUGGCAAGGCACUUAGCAUACGUAGUGCUGCAGCUGGUUUAAGGCCUAUAGGUGCAGUUGUUUACAUGCAACGGGGCAAUCUUAAAAUGUGCUUGAGGAGUAUAGAUGGUGCUACUGACACAUCUGAAGUUGCUAAGGCUUAUGGUGGGGGAGGCUCUUUGAGUUCUAGCUCCUUUAUAAUAAGGAUGGAUGAAUACAACCAGUGGAUUUCAGUGAAUUGAUCAUUAAAACAAGGUGUUCCAAUUGUUGUGCAGGUUGUUUUAGUUGUUGGGAAGGUGUUCUGAUUGCUGUGAAGGUGUUCCGAUUGUUGUGAAAGUGUUCCGGUUGCCGUGAAAGUGUUCUAGGUGCUAUGAAGGUAUUCCGUUGUUGCUAUUUCAUGUUCAGUUGAGGUAGUAAUUGACUACUACAAACUCUCUUUGUGUAAUAGUUGACUACUAAGAACAGGAUACUAAUAGUAGUCGACUACUACGAAAUCUCUUCGUGUAGUAAUUGACUACUAGCCUCAAGAUGAAGUAGUAGUUUGUGAGUUGGUGGUGGUUUUGUAAGUUGAAAAAGGGGCUGUAAUGCCUCAAGUUGUGGUUGUUUUGGUUUUAUGAGUUGAAAAAGGGGCUUUGAUGCCUCAAGUUGUAAUUGUUUGUGAGCUGGUUAAAAAAAAGGGGGGUUUUGAUGCCUCAAGUUGUGGUUGUUUGGAAAAGAGGCUGUGAUGCCUCAAGUUGUGGUUGUUUGGUGGUUGGUUGGAAAAGGGGCUUUGAUGCCUCAAGUUGUGGUGAUUGUGAUUUUGUGAGUUGGAAAAGAGGUUGUGAUGCUUUAAGUUGUGGUUGUUUGUUGGUGGUGGUUUUGUGAAUUGGAAAAGAGGCUUGUGAUGCCUCAAGUUGUGGAUGUUUGUGAGUUGGUACUGGUUUGUGGUGUGGUGAUACCUUUGUCGGUGAACGUGUGAAGCUCCCUUGGUGUAUCAGUGAACUGUUGCUUCAGAGGUCCCUUUAACAUCCCAAGGUUCAUAGUUGUUGCUCCUUCAAUAGUAAACCUAUUUCCAUGAAGGUUGCUUCAACAUUCUUACUUUAAAACUCAAGCUGGUUUUUCUACCUUAUGUUUGAGAGGGCAUGUUGAGAGAAAUAUUGUAUUUGGUUGUAUUUAGGUAUAUUUGUAAUAUUGAUAAAUUAUGGGGACCUAUAUGUAUUUAUGUGAGAAAAAGGGGCUUCUGUGUAUUUCUGAUAUAUUUCAGUUUGUUGCUUAUUUAAGCUAGUGGUUGUGUGAGAUUAAGGUUUGAGGAAGAGACAAAGAUUGUGUAUGUGUGUGUGUGUGUGAGAGAGAGAGAGAGAGUUGUAUCUCUUGUUCUCAUAGUGGAUAUGUUUCCUCCCCUCUUGUUGAUAUAGGCUACUAAGUCGAACCACGUUAAACCUUUGAUGUUUC